GACGUAUUUUGUGAGCGGUCCAAGAAGCGAGGGAGAGUGCGUCCAUUUCUAGACCGGUUUGUUGGAUUAUCUAUCUCUGUUUCCUCAAAGUUUUAUUGUACACAAUGGAAAAAAAUAUGUUUUCCCAAAGAGCAUCUACUGGGUCAGCCCGCAGGUCAACCGGUCCCUCAGGCUCUCGAGGCAGGAACAGUUUAGCACCCUCGGUAGCAUCUGUGAUCUUCUCUCCGGUACGAAGGACUUCAUUACUGGCGAGAGGAACACCCACAAGAGCAGCACAGAAUCCAGCUACCAAUGAAGCUGUAAACUAUGAUGUCAAGACGUUUGGAUCUUCACUUCCUGUGAAAGUGAUGGAAGCGCUCACGAUGGCAGAAGCUGAAGAUCAAUUAACUGUCCGAGUAGAUGAGCGUGGAUGGGCUUGGCUGGUCUUUGGGGAGAAACUGAUUAUUUGGAAAAUCGGACAGACGGCUGUGGCUAAGUUUUCAGUGUGCAAGGAGCUGCAGCUUCCUCCCAGUGAAUUUUCUUGUUUGGCUGAUUUGGUUGCCAUAUCAUGUCCGAGUAAUGCUGGAGAUGUUGCCCCUGUACAGGCCAUUUCAGUAAUGGCUGUCUCUCGGGAAGGAACUGCUCGUUACUGGCCCAAUCUGGCACAUGAGGGCAGCUACUCUGAUACAGCUGUAGACCUUUGUGGCAACCUCGGCAACUUCCUAAUUGCUUUGAAGGGAAGUGGAUUUGUAUUGUCCUCCUCCAAAAAUCAUCUAGUGCGGCUUGGUCCAGACAGUUCUGGAAAACUCCAGCAGCGCACCUUGCAGCAGGGGCAGGGAGUCCUGUCAGGAAUCGGACGCAGGGUUUCCAGCCUCUUUGGUAUGCUGGCUACUCCCACUGAUGUCACACUCCACAGCCUGCUUUGGGAUAAAGAGAAGGAUUGCCUGUAUACCCUAACUAGCAGCAAUGUUAAUAAAUGGGAAGUCGAUGAAAACUCAGAGCGGCAGGUAUUCAGCUGGGACAUAAGCAGAACCCUCAAAGAGAACAUUGCUGAUGCAAUCUGGGGUUCUGAAAGCAAUUAUGAAGAAAUUAAAGCUGGUGUCAAUGUUAAGUACCUGGAUUUACAGCUUGGCCAGGAUGGACUGGUAAUUCUGGCAGCAGCAUGGCAUCCAAGAGACACCCCCUGUGUGGCUUACUAUUCCCUCGUCACAGUGGAGGACCAAGGUUAUCAUAUGUCUGAUGAGCUUUCUGUGGAAGUUACAAAGUACAACCCUCCUUUUCAGUCUGAAGAGGAGCUGCUGAAUUGCCAAUUUGUGCUCCCCCGCUUUUCUGGUCAGGCUGCCUACCUGUUCACUGAAGAGCUGGUCUUUGCCUGUUCCACUGGCACAGGAAGAGGGGCUGUGCCAGAAGAGAAGAUCUCUUUCAGUUUCCCAGGGGACAGGCUCUUGGGAGCAGGCUGCUGUGCAGAUCUACCUGUCUUCUUCUCUAGGAACAGUGGGCUGCUUGCUGUGGUUGCCAGGGAGAGUGCUUCCAUACUGCCUGAGGACAUGGAAGAUUCACUGUCCUCUUCUGUAACAGGAGCAGCUGUAGAGGCUACUCUACUGGAGAGCUCUUCAAGAAUGGAGACCAUCGCUCAAGAAGAUAAAACUAAGAUACUGAAAGCUGCCUUUUUAAGAUUUUGCCGGAGAGAUAUUCUGGGUGCACAAAGUAUGGUAGAUGAAAUAUUUCCACCAGACUCCGAUUUGGACGCAGACGCUGAACUUGACAGAACUGUGAUACAAGUCAGUGUUGAUUUGGUUGAUGACUACCCUUCAUCUGACCCAAGAUGGGCUGAAUCUGUUCCUGAUGAGACAGUUGGAUUUAGUCAGACAUCAUUGAUUCUUCUUCAUCAGCUGGAGGAUAAAAUGAAAGCCCAUUGCUUUUUUAUUGACUUCCUUCUCCAAGUUGGACUGUUUGAAAGACUCGGCACAGCUCAGGUGCGUGGCAUUCCCCUGGCAACUCGUCUUCUACUGUGUGAGCAUGGAGAAAAGCUCUCUGCUGCCAUCGUCCUGAAAAAUCACCACUCAAAACUGCCAGAUCAGGUCAAUGCAGGCAUUCUCAUAGCUUUAAACAAGAAAGGCACUGACAUCCCACCAAGUCUAACUCCAGCCGACGUGUUCUUUAGAGAGGUCUCCCAGAUUGACUCUAUCUUUGAGUGUUUUCUGGUAGAAGAGGAGCGAGUUCUGAAAGAAGUUCAUGUUGAGACAGUUGAAUGGGCUCAGAUUGUUGUAGACUUAAACAACAUUAUAAAGGAUAUGUUGCAGGCUGCUGGUCAGUAUCGACAGACCCAAGCUUCCCGUUACCAGAACACAGACAGCAGCAAGAAGGAGCCUGAAUACAUUCCUUGGACAGCAUCCAGUGGUGUUGCAGGAGUCAGAACUGUGAUCGUCCGUCAGCAUGAAAUCAUUUUGAAAGCAGUAUAUCCUCAGGCAGACACAGUCCUGCGCAAUACUCUCAGUGAACAGCUGGUGGCACUGCUUGACUCCUACUUGGAUGGAUAUGUGUCCCAGCUACGCUCCCUGAAUAGACUGAGUGACCAGGAAAGGUACAAUAAUCUGGAAAAGGAGUACACCCAGAAGCGUUCAGAUUUGUUAUCUCCUCUAUUGUCCUUGGGCCAGUAUCAGUGGGUGGCUGCUCUUGCUGAAAAAUACUGUGACUUUGACAUCUUAGUACAGAUGUGUGAACAGACAGAUAAUCAGAGCAGACUACAGCGCUAUAUGACCAAGUUUGCAGAUCAGUACUUUUCAGACUUUCUGUUCCGCUGGUACAUGGAAAAAGGCAAGAGGGGAAAGCUGCUUUCUCAGCCCAUAUCCCAACACGAACAGCUUGCCAGUUUCCUGCAGUCUCAUGAACACCUGAGCUGGCUACAUGAGAUCAACAUCCAGGAUUUUGAGAAGGCACAUAAGACACUGUAUGCAUUAGCAAACACAGAGACACGAUACUUUGCGAAAAAGAAGACUCUUCUCAGUCUCAGUAAACUGGCAGCUCUGGCAUCUGACUUUCCUGAAGAUUUAGUGCAGGAAAAGGUGGAAGAGAUAGCUGAGCAGGAGCGCUUCCUACUCCACCAGGAGACGCUGCCUAAACAGCUCCUGGAUGAGAAGCAGCUGAUUCCUGACACCAUGCCCUUACUGACUGCUCACAAUCUCAUCAAUCUUUACAUCUGUGAUGAGAAUAGAAGAGCUAAUGAGUACGAUUUCAAGAAAGCACUUGAUCUUCUGGAGUACAUUGAUCAGGAGGACGUUGAUAUUGAGGCACUCAAAUGUGACAUUUUCUGCAAGGCUCUUCAAAGAGAUGACUGGUCAUCUUCAGAUGGAAAUGAUGACCCGAUUGAAGCGGCGAAGGACAGUAUAUUCAUAAAGAUAUUGCAGAAGCUCAUUAAAGAAGGAAUUUCUCUUAAAAAAUAUUUGCCAGAUGUGAAGGAUUUGCUACAGUCAGAAGAACUUGAGAGACUUCUGUCAAAAUCUUACUUUGAAUUUGUGUUGCGGGCCAACUACGAGCACUAUCAGGAACUACAAAUGUGAGCCAUCUUUGGUGUACCCCCCGCCCAUUUUUAUGGAACUUCUUUGAGCACUUGAUUUCAAUGUGUGUUCAUUUUAUAGUCUGGAUUAAGCAUUUUCUAAUAAACUUCACUGAACCUCA